AGCAGUUUUACCUUAUUUAUCUCUUCCACAACAAGAAGAUUAGAGGUGUAGAACAUAUGAAAUGGCUGCAGCUAGAAAAGGAUCAAUAGAUUUAUCAACCAGGAGACAUCGUCCCCUAAUAAAUUAUGAACACCAUUCUGGACAUAUAUUGAUGCUCGAUAAGGAACGUUUAGCCCAAAAAUCGGCAAAGAUAGCAAGACAAGUGAAGAGCAACCCACACGACGAGCUCCCGCGGCUGCUGAGCGACAUCAACCUCGAUCAGGAAUUAAUGGAGCUGCUGGCGAGAUUCUGCCAUGGCUACGACAUCAGUCUCUCGUUGGAAAACGUGGUUCGGGUAGCCUGCCUUGCCAAUUUCCUCGAGAUGACGGAAAGCCAUUGCCCCAACAAUCUUCUUAACAAGGCGCUGUGGUUCUUCAAGGAGAACAUCGUCCAUAGCUGGAACAACUCCAUCAAAGCCAUCAAGAGCGCCGAGAGCGUGCUGAGGCAGGCGGAGAAGCUCGGUUUGAUGGAGUUCUGCGUCGAGACGCUCAUAUUGGAGGCGAUUGAGAAUCCGCGUCUGUUGGGGGAGCCUUUGAUGACGAAUGAAGAGGAUGAGGAGAGUGAGUGUGAAAAUCGUGAGAAGGAAACUCUGGUUAGGCCUUGCAUAAGGAGGAAGCUCUUCGACAUGGAUUGGAAGAAAUCCGAAGAUCUCGCUUCUCUACCUUUUAAGUUCUACGCGCCGAUCAUCGAUAGAAUGAGCCAGCGCCAAGUGCCGCCGCGGUAUGUGGCGGCGAAUCUGUGGCAAUACGCGAAGAAUUGGAUAUUUUCCGACGACGAGGUGCAAUUGGAUAAGAUCGACGGUCAGAGAGAGACGAUUGAGGAUUUGGUGAGGCUGAUUCCGAAUCAGACGGGGCUGAUUCCGUGUGCGUGUCUGUGUGAAAUGCUUCGUUUCGCGAUUGGUGUGGAAGCUGAUGAGGAGUGCAGAAACGCGUUGGAGUUUAGGAUCGGGAUGCAGUUAGAUCAGGCGGAGACGAAGGAUCUUCUGAUGCCUUGCAAUGGAUAUACAAACCAGGAAAAAUACGAUGCGAAGUGUUUGAGAAGGAUAUUGAGCCAUUUCUACAGCAAUUACAACCGUGACAACUUCGGAUCGCUGAGAUCGGUGGCAGCUCUGGUCGACGAAUUCCUGGCGGAGAUCGCGGCGGAUAUAGAUCUAAAAACGGCGACAUUUGUGGAAGUUGCAGAGCUGGCGAUUGCAGUGGCGGAGGAGGGUAAUGAACAGAGGCGCGACGGGAUCUACAGAGCGGUGGACGUGUUCCUGGAGAAGCACAAGCAUUUGACGGAGUCGGAGAAGGAGGAUCUGUGCGGGAAGGUGCUGGACUGCAGCAAGCUGUCGGGGGAGGCGCUGCAGCACGCGGCGUUGAACAGGAGGCUGCCGCUGCGCGUGGUGGUGAAUGCACUGUUCGCGUCGCAGUUGAAGCUGAGGAAUGUGAUUCCGAAGGCAAUGGGGGGAGAGGAGGGGGAGGGGGCGGAGAUGGAGAAGAUGGGGAGCAAGGUGACGAAGCUGGAGAGAGAGUGCUUGAUGAUGAAGAGAGAGAUGGAGAGAGGUGGAGGAGGGAAGAGAGAGAAGAAGCCGAGUGUGUGGAGGGAGAUGAAGAGGAAGUUCGGAUGCAUGUCGAUGAGGCCUGAUUCGGAUUGCCAUGUCAAGAAGAAGAAGAAGAAGGUGCAUCCUAGAUAGAUAGAGACCAUAUCGUCGUCUUUUUUUUAAUUGUUGGGUUGAAUAUUUAUUCCGAGAUGGAGUAUGAGUUUCGAAAUCAUUCUUUUAUAAUUCAAAAGGAAUUCAUAGAUAGUACCGGCCAUUGCGAGGGAGGCGCCGCGCUGCACAGGGAGAUCAA